CUUUGAUGAUCUUAUCAGAUUAACCAAGUUGUUGCGGCGUCGAUUGGUUUUUAGGCUUUUAGCUGAGGCUCAAGUCCACUGGCAAGCCCUGAUGGCUCGUGUUGUCCAACGUCUCAAGGCCAUACAAAAUGCACUCACUGACAUUCCUGUCAGUGUGGACCAGAAGGUAGAUGAAUUCAUCUUGCCAGAUGGUGCGGUGAUGACGGUUCGUUCUGCGUUGGCGAACGCUGCGCCACCGACAAAUUUCGUUCAUAUCGAUGGACUGGUUGUGUGCGAGUAUCAAUUACUCAAUCAAACCGCGCAGCUCGUAGUUUCAGCUAUCGGUACGCAGUUCGAAAAUACUGCAUCACAUGUACCAAGCUUUCGGGUGGUUGAGAUCCUUCCUUCCUCCAGCUCGCCACAAACGUCUAGUUACGACAUAUCUGUGAAAGAUAUGUGGGCGACUGUGUACGCACUCUUCACGCUGUUCCACGUUCAAGAAACCAUCCCGGUCGUAUUGUCUCAGAAGAUCAACAAUAGCGAGGAGCUACGCUCGUAUUUACUUCGAUCUGGUCUUGGGCGUACGGCACAUGCGCCUACGGCCUCAAACGAGGAGAUAUACUUGCACAGAGCCACGUUCUGGCAGGGUGCGGGAGCACAAGGAUACCAUACUCGUGGUUGGCUACCUUCAUCAUCAUUUUCAGUUGCGCCUUUUCCAUAUAUCCAGUCAUUCACCCGUACACCCACUGUUAUUACCGCGCACCCUCUUCGUCCCCCCAAGCCCAAACCGGGAGACACGCUAUUUAGGCGGUAUUGUCCAUCUAUAGGAGAGACUCUGGAGUUCACCUACUUCGAUCUCGGCAGCGGAUCGGAUAUUUCAGAGCAUCUAGACACGUUUCACCGUUGGCACAACCAAGAGCGAGUUAACAUGGCCUGGGGGGAGAGCGGGUCGCUGGAUAAACAUAGAGCAUAUAUCACGGAAGUAAUGAACGACCCUGCUGUUUUGCCUGUAAUGAUGAGCUGGAAUGGCGAGUGCAUGGGGUAUGCGGAGAUAACCUAUCUGAAGGAAAAUCAUGUGGCGCCCUACGUUCCCGGCGGUCCUGGAGAUUGGGACAGGGGCCUCCACGUCCUUGUCGGAGAGGAUAAGUUCCGUGGUGUUGAACGAACUAAUCUGUGGCAUCGUGCUCUGAUACACUACUGCUUCUUGGCUGAUCCCCGCACAGAAAGUGUGAUGGGUGAGCCCAAAGCUGAAAACACCUCCAUCAUCAAAGUAGAGUUUGACUCUGCCAUGCAUAUUGCGACAAUUUUUGAUUUUCCCUAUAAACGCUCUGCACUCGUCUGCGUUCCAAGAGAGCGCUUCUUUAGGCUGGACUUGCUGUGACAAUGAUGAGUACUGUUGAUAAAGAAACAUGUUAUCAUUAGUGAAACUAGAUGCGUACCGUCUGGCAUGGUAUAGAAUAGAGAUCAGGACAAGUCACAAUAGAAUGUGUUUUCUGUGGAGAACAAAUCAG